UUCAGUGCCUCUGAAGCUUGUCAGUUUUUUAAAACUUACCUGCUCAGACGGCGGACUGAGUUUUGAUAGUCUGCCAACCAUGACCCGCCAAGACUCAGCGGCCCCAGCGGGAAGCUUGAGCGUCCAGGGCCCCUCAAACCCCGGUUACAACACCAACCCUGUGCCGGUACCUGUGAUCACACAGACGGACACACGAGACAAAUGGAGCAAAAAGAUGGAUUUUCUUUUAUCAGUCAUUGGCUUCGCGGUAGACUUGGGAAAUGUGUGGAGAUUUCCAUACAUUUGUUACCAAAACGGAGGCGGGGCUUUCCUAAUCCCCUACAUUGUCAUGGCGAUUUUUGGAGGGGUGCCACUCUUUUACAUGGAACUGGCACUGGGACAGUUCCACAGAACUGGUGCCAUAUCCAUAUGGAAACACAUAUGCCCCAUCUUCAAAGGCAUUGGGUAUGCGAUCUGUGUCAUCUCGCUCUACGUCUCAUUCUACUACAACACCAUCAUCGCCUGGGCACUCUUCUACUUCUACUCGUCCUUCGCCAGCGUCCUGCCCUGGACCAACUGUGACAAUGCCUGGAACACUGAAAACUGCACCAACUACUUCCUGAAAGACAACGUGACCUGGAAUAACUACUCCAGGUCACCUGCUGAGGAAUUUUACACGAGGAAUGUUCUGGAAAUCCACAAGUCCGAUGGGCUGAGUAACGUGGGGGGUGUUCGCUGGCAGCUGAUGCUCUGCCUCUUCCUCAUCUUCACUAUCGUUUACUUCAGUCUCUGGAAGGGAGUGAAGACAUCAGGGAAGGUAGUGUGGGUGACAGCCACCUUGCCCUAUGUGGUGCUCUUCAUCCUGUUGAUUCGUGGUGCCACCCUACCAGGUGCAUGGAAGGGAGUGGUCUUCUACCUCCAGCCCAAGUGGGAGAAACUCUUCGAGACCAGUGUGUGGGUAGAUGCUGCGGCUCAGAUCUUCUUCUCCUUGGGGCCAGGCUUUGGGGUACUCCUUGCCCUCUCCAGCUACAACCCCUUCACCAACAACUGUUAUCGUGACGCCAUAGUGACCAGCCUGGUGAACUGCCUGACCAGCUUCAUGUCUGGGUUUGUGAUCUUCACUAUGCUGGGGUACAUGGCAGAGAAGAGAAAUGUGAAUGUGGAGGAUGUGGCCAGAGACAAAGGUCCAAGCCUACUCUUCAUCACAUAUCCAGAGGCCAUAGCCAACAUGACAGGAUCAACGUUCUUCGCCAUUAUCUUCUUCGUGAUGAUGAUCACUCUUGGGCUUGACAGCACGUUCGGAGGACUGGAGGCUAUCAUUACUGCUGUGAUGGAUGAAUACCCUGAAUACCUGGCACACAGACGGGAGCUGUUUGUACUGGGCUUGGUCGUUGUGUGCUUUUUGGGCUCCCUCAGCACUCUUACCAAUGGUGGGGCCUAUGUGGUGAAACUGCUGGAGGAAUUUGGGGUGGGUUCCUCCAUCAUUGCUGUUGGUUUUCUUGAGGCCAUCGCUGUUUCCUGGUUCUAUGGUAUCACAAGAUUCAGCAAUGACAUUAAAUCCAUGUUAGGCUAUUAUCCUGGAUUAUUCUGGAAGGUGUGCUGGGUGGCUAUUAGUCCUGCAUUUCUAGCGUAUAUAAUAGUGAGCUCCCUGCUCAAGCCAGCGCCCCUCCAACUCUUUGACUACAAGUACCCAGACUGGAGCAUUACGGUGGGCUACAUCAUCGGUGCCUCAUCCUUCAUGUGGAUCCCCAUCUAUAUGGUCUACAAGCUGGUGUGGACCCCCGGAUCACUGAAACAGCGCCUAGCUGUGUGUCUGAGACCUGAGAGGACCAUUAUGCCAGAGAUCCACACAGACUCCCUCAACAUGAGUACUGUUCCAUAGAAGCACCCACGUUGCCAAGAACCCAGGCAGGCACAUUAUGUUGCUACCAACAGACUCCUGAACGAGAGCCAAAUCAGCAGACACAGAUCAAUCUCAUGGAGCAUUCGACAAAUCUUUUUUUCUGUAGCUCAAUGAGUACAAUAAACACAAAUAGUCUGUUAGUACAUCUGUAGAUGCUCUACAGAAUAUCUACAGACUAUCGGUAACAUUUCAACUAACUAUCUACUAAUCCUAACCCUAACUUU